AUGUUUGUACAGAGCAAGCACGUCCGCGACGGAAGCUGCGGCGAUGCCCAUUCACUUCGCACGGAUCUCUCCAGUCUCGUGACCUGGGCGCACACUCACGGGACCAUAUGCAACCAAAUCCCAGCCCUGGAAAAUGUGCGGAGCGUGGGUCGCCCUAGCAGGGACAACUCUGUUGUGUGGAUGUGUGGAGUGGGACACGCGUAUCACUGGCAGUGUGGAACGUUACGUGUCACGAGCAGAGGAGAGGAUGAAGCUGCGGAAAAGAGAACAAGGUUGGCAUCCUCUGAGGCUUCACCAAGGGAAGCUAAUUUAGGUGAAAAGAGGUGCAGGAUGACCCCAUCUUUUGAGAGUGCUAAAGCAGGUGCAUGUAGCGGAUCUCCAGGGGUCACUCAGCAGAGAGACACCGCAGUCUACGUAACACAUAACGCACCAUCACCCAGAGAAAAUCAAAACACCAGCAAACCCACAAAAUCACGCGUUGCAGUGGAGCGGCAUCUGUCAGUACCGGGUGCUGAAAUCAAACCAGACAGACAUCAGGUGAAGCUGGAGAGCAGCGAAGAUCCGCAGAUCAUUUCUGAUGAUGAACAGCACGUGUCACAUGGAGACGACCAAGGAGACGCCAUCCACCAGAACACGCGGUCAGAAUCGCUAACUAAAGGUGUCACUGGCAAGGCAGAUUUGGAAAUGUGCCGCAGUCAGAAGAUGGCGUUUGCCAAGCCAUCAGCCACCCCAGUGUCAGGAAAGCCACCCCUAUCUCUCACCUGCCUUCCAAAAUCCCCCGUCAGCAACCAAGAGAGGCUGGACAGCAGCUUCCUGAGGCUGGGGCCUCUCGCUCCUGCAAGGUCUGUAACUGAAGCUGCCAGAGCCAGAAACCCCUCCGGGUCAGCAAUCCCUGAACGUUUAAAGUCUGAUCCCGUCUCCGACACUGAGCCACCUUCCUCAGUGAUGUUCUUUGAGUUUGAAGCCACUGAAGUGUGUUUCCAGCAGCCACUCCUGCUGAGCGCUCCCGAGCACGAUGCGUUGAAGCAGCAGGAGAAAAAAAGAAGCCACAAAAACAGUGCUAUAAAAAGGUUCAAGGACUGGCUGGUGCUGCGCUGCCCUCCUGAGAUGCGCGAGGUCUGCCAGCUGCCGCCCCAAGACCUGGAUCGGUACCUGGCCGCUUUCUACAGCUCCGCAAGGAGACAGAACGGUGCCGAGUUCUCCGCCGGCUCUCUGCAGUUCUUCCAGGGCAGCAUAGAGAGGUACCUGAAGGAGCACGGCUACGAGCACAGCGUGGUUAAAGGGCUGGAGUUCAGAGCAUCACAGAAAGCCUGGAAACUGAAGUACGAGUACCUCUCUCAAAGGGAGAGAGAGGCAGAGUGGAGCUUUUUGGAGAACCUGACAGACGAAGACGUGGAAGGCCUUUGUGAGAAGGGAUUUCUAAGUAAGACAGACCCUCAGGGCUUCCUGAACCUCAUGUUCACAAAUAUCAUCAGGGCAUUUGGGGCCAUCACGCACAGCCAGAGCCAUCACCUGUACUGGGGACAGCUGGUGCUGAAGAGUGAGGGGGAGCAGGAGUGUCUGGAGUGGAAGCAUGACCUGAGCACAGAGGGAGACACAGGGGAGCUGGGUCCCUGUCUCUUUGCCAAGCCCGACAGCCCCGGUGCUUGCCUGGUUGCCGAUUACAAGGAGUACGCCCGCAGGCGGCCACUGGACAUGCUGCACGACCAUGACCCGCUCUACCUGGUGCCCAAGCCCCUGUGCUCCAUCUGGGACCAAGUGUGGUACAGCAGAAAGGCACUGACCAAAGGCAAAAUGGAGAAGACCCUGAAAGUCAUUAUCCAGCAAGUGAGAGCAUCCACAAAGAAGUCCAAGAAAUGA